AUGAUGAUGGCUCUACAAUAAAGUAAAUUGUAAUUAUAAGAAAUUAGCUAUGAAGAAAUUUGAUUUUUUCGGAUAAUUCAUAACUCUAAAUAUGAACAAACAAAAUUGCUACACAACUUCGCUUGGUGGAGUAUCAUCUAUAUUGAUAAUUAUAUUUCUUGGAAUAUUUUUUUAUAGUAAUAUAGUGGAAUUUGUGACAAAGUAAAAGGCUAGUGCAAAAUAGUAAACCCUAUUCAAUAUUGAUCCAGAUAUGGUUAUUUUGAAUAAUACUAAUUUUAUGACAGCAUUUUCUAUUGAUUAAGUCAACUUUACAAAUCGACCUUUAUUCAAUAUUACUUUAGAAUAAAAGUAGUAAUCAAUUUCAUUUUAGGUAUUAUAAUAGAUAAGCAAAUGGAACAAUGAAAAAAACAAGUAGUUUUUAUAGUCUUUAGCCUUGCACAGUAGAUCAAUUUACUACAAAAGUGAAGAAUGGUAAUUCAGAAAUUAUAGAAUAAUAAUUUGAGUCUUUAGGAAUGGAAAAUUGGUUAUGCCCUUAGUAAAUAUUUUUUAAAUAUCAUUUUAGAAAUGAUUUUAAUUUCAAAUUAUAAGGUGCAUAUGGGAGUGAGAAUUUUUAUUUUGUCAAAAUAACAGUAAAGGAUUGUGUUAAUUCUACAAAUCCUUAAAAUGAUUCAUGGAAUCCAAUAUGUGCAAGUUUAGAGUAAUUUAAUAAUGCAUUUGCUAAAGAUGGUUUUUUCAAACUUUAAGUUUAUUAAAUAAAUACAGUUGUAAAUCCAGGAUCGCCAAAUAAUUAUCUUGAAACUUAUUUAGAUAGCGAUUUAUAUUUUAACUUUGUACCUAAAUCCUUCAUUAAUAUGGCAAACAUCUAUUACAGAUAAUAUGAAAUUAAUAAUGACAAUAGUAUAGUACCAUUUAAGGAAAUAGAGAAACAAAAAAUUAUUUUGAGAACUUCUGAAGACUUUAGAGAUCUAUCAUUAACAUCUACAUUAAAUAAUCAAAAUUAUGCAGAGAUUUUUUUAAGAAGAAGUUAGAUGAAUGCCUUAAUCGAUAGAAAUUAUUAAUAAAUAGGAGAAUUAUUAUCUUAUCUUGGAGGUUUCAUGUAAAUAACCAAAUUAAUUUUUGGGCUAUUUAUUGCUUUCUAUAAUAGAACUUCAUGUAAUAUUUAUAUUAAAACAAUAGUAUUAAUUGAAUUAUCUAAUAAAUUGUAUGAUUUUAAGGAAGGAUAAGAAAGAUUAUCAAGUAGUCCUUCGAUAUGUUCAAAAACACCAAGAUUCAUUUAAGAUGCUUUUAAGUUGAAAGGACUUUUGGAUACUAAAAAUUCUGAGGGAGAUGGUAUGUUUUUGAUUUAAAUUGAUAGUGAAAAAAAGAUCAAAUACAGUGAUUAGAUAGAAUGUACUUAAGAAAUUAAUUAAAAAAUCUGAACCAAUAAGAUUUAGUGUAAAAUUAUUUUUAAAUUAAAUUACAUGUGGAAUGUUUUUUAAUGAAAGAAAUUCUAAGUUUUUAAAAAAAGCUAUGUAAAUAUAUUAUAAUUUAAAAAUAGUGAUAAAAUGAAUGAAGAUUUAGAUUUGCAUAGUAUUUUGUUUAAAAUAAAUGAGAUUAACAAAUUAAAAGAAGUGUUAUUUAAUUAAUCUUAAAUAAUUCUAUUUAAUUUCACACCAAAACCUAUAAUUGCAUUGAAUGAUGAUUAGAUGAUACCAACAAGAAUGAAUUUUGAAGAUGAUGAAUAGCCGAUUCAAUAAAAUUAAUUUAAAUAGUAACUUAAUUAUUAUGAUAAAAAUUUACAUAAUAUAGUUUACUAGGCUUACACAGAUAUGUUAGAAGAGAUUGAAGAUGAAAAUGUUCCAAAGUGUUAAUUGGAAGUAGAUCUAAAACUAAUUCAUCUAUUGGGACAUGAUAUUACAAAAAUCUUUAGUGAAUAAUUAUAAUUAGAUUAACCAUAAAAUUAUAUGGAGUUUAAGAUUGAAAGUGGAAAGAAUAGUUUAAGAACUUUAUAAUAAAUUGUAAUUAAGUAAGGAGUUGAUAAAGUAGUGGAGACAGAAAGGAAUGAUGGAAAACUUAUUUAAUGA